ACCUCUCCACAUGUGACUACAGUGUCCAUUUUUAGAGGAAGAGCGGCACACUCGGUCACGGUGUGUUCUUGCCCUUUCGUUGGGAUUAGAGAUGUAAAAUAAUAAUAAUUCAACCGUUAAUGCGUUUUUUUGUUUGUUUGUUACAUAUAUCUUCACAAGUUUAUUUCAUCUCAUUAUUGAUCCGAUUUUUCCCCCUUUAUUUUUCGUGUGGACAUUUUGAGAAAAAUACUUUUUUGUAUUUCUAAACUUUUCUUUCUAAAAUGUCAAAGUUUGUUCGCGUAUUUUUGUAGUCCACCUUCGUCUAUGGAAUCAUCUUGGGGAUAUUAGAAAUAGCCUAACGGACAUGGAGGAGUUUAUCAACUUUUCCCACACAAGGUGCCUUUUGUUCGUGAAUAAGGCAGCGUGCUUUUGGAAGAGUAGACCAUGAGGGAACCUAGCGAGCGCACAACUGUCGAUUAGGCGACUGGUUGCUUGAGAGCGUCAAAAUAAAAUGAACGAUGCAGCCGUGUUUACGAUGUAAAAUACAACAAGGAUCAACCGGAGGACUGUUUGAAUAGGCAGCGGGAGUCUGGAGAAGAGAAGGAGAUUGGCAGAAGCUAUUAAAGAAGACAUUCCGUGACAGCAGCAGAUCCCGACACAGCUUCAUCACAGAAUGAGGAUGAAAUACACAAUCUCCCUUGUCUUCAUUGUGGCACUGGUCAUCAUAGAGAAGGAAAACAACAUUAUCUCACGGGUUUCAGACAAGCUCACCCCAAAGCAGACCCCCCAGACACCCCUUCAGCCCAGUAACUCUGCCUCAGCCUCAGCCCUGGGUCUCCUGAAGUUGAAUGGCUCCUCCUUCUCUACCCUGAGCAAGCUGGACCCUGUCUUCACCCUCAUGAAGAGACGCCUGGAGAACUACACCGAGCAGAGGUCAGAGGUCAUAGGGUCAGCUGGAAACAGAAAGCACAUCCUCCUAUUGGCCACCACGCGGACAGGCUCCUCCUUCGUGGGCGAGUUCUUCAACCAGCAGGGAGACAACAUGUUCUACCUGUUCGAGCCGCUGUGGCACGUGGAGAGGUCGCUGACAUUAGAGAGCGGCGGGACCAACGCCACAGCCGCCGCCCGGGCCUACCGGGAAGUCCUCCAGGGGCUCUUCCUGUGUGACUUCACCCCUCUGGAGAGCUUUAUUGACCCACUUCCUGUAGACCACGUCACCUCAGCCCUGUUCAGGAGAGAAUCUAGCAGCUCUCUCUGUGAGGAGUCCGUCUGUAGCCCGUUCGUUAAGAAAGUCUUUGAACGCUACCAUUGCCGGACCAGGAAGUGUGGUCCCCUCAACCUGACCACGGCGUCCGAGUCAUGCCAGCAGAAGGAGCACAGGACCAUUAAAUCCGUCCGGGUGCGCCAGCUGGAGACCCUGAGACCCCUCGCCGAGGACCCUCGUCUGGACAUCAAGUUCAUCCAGCUGGUGAGGGACCCCAGGGCGGUUCUGGCCUCCCGCAUGGUGGCCUUCUCCGCCAAGUACAACAACUGGAAGAAGUGGGCGGUGGACGGAGACGUGCCCGUUGACGACGACGAGGUGAGGAAGCUGAAAGGCAACUGCGACAACAUCAGGAUGUCUGCGGAGGUCGGCCUGAGGCAGCCGUCUUGGCUGAGGCGGAGGUACAUGCUAGUACGGUACGAGGAUAUCGCUAGAUUCCCUAUGAGGAAGGCAGCGGAGAUGUACAAGUUCACCGGGAUCCCGUUCACUCCUCAGGUGAAAGACUGGGUGUUAAAGAACACCCAGGCUUCCAAUGAAGCUAGUGGAGUGUAUUCAACACAGAAGAACUCCUCUGAGCAAGUGGAGAAAUGGAGGUUCAGCAUACCGUACAAACUAGCCCAGGUGGUGCAGAGGGUUUGUGGACCCACGAUGAAACUGUUUGGGUACAAGUUUGUGAACAGCGAGGCGAUGCUGACGGACAAGUCUAUCAGUUUGAUCGAAGAAAAGAUUUUCAUACAAAACUUUUCAUAGACAUUUUACGGUAACUCUGAACUCUGCUCAUCAGACAAAGUGGACCAACAGAUAAGAUUAUGAAGUGAUAGUUGUGAGGAUAUUUAUUGGGGACUGUACUAGUAUACAACAAUGUAUAAGACACUUUAUAGAUACAUAUUCAAUUAUAACAUGUUACACUCCAGGGUGGAGAAGGAAAUACACAUUUUUGUGUGUAAUAAAAAGGAACGAAUACAAAAACGAGUACUACCUUUUAACUUUCUACAGGGACAUUUAACAAAAGAAAACCCUUGUUACAUGAGUACUACAUGGUAGAAAACCCCUUGUUACAUGAGUACUACAUGGUAGAAAACCCCUUGUUACAUGAGUACUACAUGGUAGAAAACACUUGUUUUAUGAGUACUACAUGGUAGAAAACACUUGUUUUAUGAGUACUACAUGGUAGAAAUCCCUUGUUUUAUGAGUACUACAUGGUAGAAAACACUUGUUUUAUGAGUACUACAUGGUAGAAAUCCCUUGUUUUAUGAGUACUACAUGGUAGAAAACACUUGUUUUAUGAGUACUACAUGGUAGAAAACCCCUUGUUACAUGAGUACUACAUGGUAGAAAACCCCUUGUUACAUGAGUACUACAUGGUAGAAAACCCCUUGUUACAUGAGUACUACAUGGUAGAAAACACUUGUUUUAUGAGUACUACAUGGUAGAAAACACUUGUUUUAUGAGUACUACAUGGUAGAAAUCCCUUGUUUUAUGAGUACUACAUGGUAGAAAACACUUGUUUUAUGAGUACUACAUGGUAGAAAACACUUGUUAUAUUAGUACUACAUGGUAGAAAACCCCUUGUUACAUGAGUACUACAUGGUAGAAAACACUUGUUUUAUGAGUACUACAUGGUAGAAAUCCCUUGUUACAUGAGUACUACAUGGUAGAAAACACUUGUUAUAUGAGUACUACAUGGUAGAAAACACUUGUUUUAUGAGUACUACAUGGUAGAAAACACUUGUUUUAUGAGUACUACAUGGUAGAAAUCCCUUGUUACAUGAGUACUACAUGGUAGAAAACACUUAUUUUAUGAGUACUACAUGGUAGAAAACACUUGUUUUAUGAGUACUACAUGGUAGAAAUCUGGUUUUAGGGUGGCCAAGCUUGAGUCCUUGAACAGUUUCCCUGUUGAAGUGUAUUUUUUCUCUGUCAAGCCACGGGUUAAUAACAGUAGCUGAUUUUGAACUGAGCUGGGAGAAGGGAGUUAAAUGAAUGGCUUUGCUCUGUGUGUGUGGAAAGCAAGACAGUGGCAGGACAUUCCAAUGUUUUGGUCUUGUAUGUUCUAUAGCAUUUACCUAUAAAGAAGGGAUGUUUCUUUUUCAUGUUAAUUUAAUAUAUUAUUUUAUUUGUAUUGAGAUUGAGAGAUUAUGGCCAUGGCUUUUGCACAUGCUACAUAGAUGGAUAGUUUUCUCCCCGCUAACUGAUGGGACCCCCUUACUUCCAGACCUGGGUUCAAAUAGUAGUCAAAAUCUUUCAUACGGUUUCAGCAUUUGCUUUAGCCUGCCAGGAGUGCCAUAUGGGUGGGGUUUGCUGUUUUGAGAUGAUUCUAUUGGUUAAUAACACCAGCUAAAAUAUUUGAAAUGAUUUUGAAUACUAUUUGAACCCAGGUCUGCUUCGUGAACACAUCGGCUAGGUGAGUGAGUAUCUGUACAUGCAUGUUGCUGUUUUAGUUUUAAUUGGCUGUUAGUGUUUCACGUCGUGGAAGUCGACGGUGAGCGUAGCGACUCAUUCUGUAAAAACAGAUGUCUUCGGUGGUCCUGUAUGUACAGACAAUGUGUGUCCCAAAAGGCACCCUGUUCCCCAUAAUGCACCAUAGGGAAUAGACACAUACAUUCCUCCUGCAGCUGGUUUGCAGAAUUGUGUGAGGUUUAUCAGCAGCUUUCUGUCCUUUGACACAAGUCUCCUGGCUGGUGAUGAUGGACGAGAAGAGGACCAGGGGACUAAAAGACUGGGUGUAUGUUCCAAAUGGCACCCUAUUCCGUAUAUGCUGCACUAUUUUUGACCACUGCCCCAUUGGGAUCUGGUCAUAGGUAGUGCACUAUGUAGGGAAUAGGUUGCCCUUUGGGAGGCGUUAUGGUUUUUGUCUAUAUGUAUGUCUAUGCCCUUUCUCAUUCUGGUGUUAAGUUAAGUUUGCUUUUCAUUUCAGUGGAAUUCACUGUUGUUGUAUGUGGUUGUUUGGCCUUUUACUGUACAAGUAAAUUGAAUACUGACAAGUC